AUAUGCUUGAGUGUGAAUGCUCAAGAUUUCCUAGACACUGUUGAUACAGUAUUGAUAUCGCGAACAUAGGACUGAACCUACCUCUGUGCUGUUGUGCAACCGGGUACUAUACGACGAUCUCAAUAUAUAGAUCUGAUUCACAUGGGCCAAUGAUUAUACUAAUGAUUUCUUUGAUAGACCCAGCGCUUUUGAUCGAGUUCUUUAGCCGAAGGGAUAUGCAGAUUUGGUUGCAACCCAAGUCACGUCGAUACAUUAGCAUAUUCGAUUCGAAUGUGAAGGAAGGUCUCGUGGAUGGCCGUUCCUUGCUGCCUCAGGCAAGAGCGGAUAUUGGCAACGUGGGGCGGAUCAAGGGGUCUCCGAUAAGGACGACUUACGACUGUGGUCCUGAGUCCCAUCCUCUUACUACACCGUACGGGGUACCAUGUGUCGUACCACUGCGCUAUGGCAAGAGACCUAUUGGUGAUGCACAGGCCUACGGACCCAAUGGGAGACCAAAUUCCCCGCCAACCAAUAUCUCUGAAGUCUGGAGUAUUGUGGCUUGGUGACGGCCAGGAAGCGGCUGAGCCUUACUAGGCCAAACACUGGUGGUAUCCCGCCAUGAUCGGUGCUACUAGUGAGCAGGGAUCCCCGGCUGGUCUGCAUCACAGGAACUAAGCCGCAGCAUCAGCCGCAGCCAGGGUCAUUCAAAGGUUUCUUCUUCCAUUGUCUGUCGCACAAUCUCUCGACUUUGACUUGUCCAAAAGGCAAUGACUUCAGUAGCUC